CCAGCGCGGUCAGAUUCACGCUGGAGCUCAGCAUCGCCACGCCGUCCAUACGACCGGCUCCCCCCGAGAAUGGCCUCCUGGAAACUGCUGUCGAGAUCGGAGAAGGUCUACAGAACUAUUACCUGCAGAUUUAACAUCACCGCAAAAUCAGUCAACCAGGCUUGCAGCAGUUCUUUCUCCACCUCCAGCAGUAAGGGAGCACAGUUCUACUGCGACCCUACAGAGGCGGUGAAGGACAUUCCUGAUGGAGCAACGCUACUGGUGGGAGGCUUUGGUUUGUGUGGAAUUCCAGAGAAUCUGAUCAACAGCUUACUGAAGACAGGGGUGAAGAGAAUCACAGCUGUCAGUAACAAUGCUGGGGUGGACAACUUUGGGCUGGGGCUCCUGCUGCAGUCCAAGCAGAUCAAGCGCAUGGUCUCGUCCUACGUGGGCGAGAACGCUGAGUUUGCCAGGCAGUACCUGGCUGGAGAGCUAGAGGUGGAGCUCACACCGCAGGGCUCUCUGGCAGAGCGUGUUCGGGCGGGGGGGGCAGGCAUUCCUGCAUUCUUCACCCCCACAGGCUACGGCACCCUGAUCCAGGAGGGGGGCACGCCCAUCAAAUACCACCCAGACGGCACCGUCGCCAUCGCCAGCGAGGAGAGAGAGGUGCGAGAGUUUAACGGCCGGAAUUACAUCAUGGAGCGCGCCAUCACCGGAGACUUUGCACUAGUCAAGGCCUGGAAAGCUGACCGGGCAGGAAACAUCAUUUUCAGAAAAACGACCAGAAAUUUCAAUCAACCGAUGUGCAAGGCAGCCAAAAUCACAGUUGUGGAGGUAGAAGAGGUGGUUGAUGUGGGGACAUUUGCGGAAGAGGACAUCCACAUCCCCAGCAUCUAUGUGGACCGCAUCGUGACCGGCGGCAGCUACGAGAAGAGGAUCGAGAAACGCACAGUUCAGAAGGACCAGGUCCAGAAACCCAAACCCAAGACAGAAGCGGACCUGGUGAGGGAACGUAUAAUUCGCCGGGGCGCACUGGAGUUCGAGGAUGGGAUGUAUGCCAAUCUCGGCAUCGGCAUCCCCAUGAUAGCCAGCAACUACAUCUCGUCCAACAUCACCGUCCAUCUGCAGAGUGAGAACGGCAUUCUGGGACUGGGUCCCUACCCCACCGAUAAUCAGGUGGAUGCUGACCUCAUCAACGCAGGUAAAGAAACAGUCACCGUGGUUCCUGGUGGCUCUUUCUUCUCCAGCGACGAGUCCUUUGCCAUGAUCCGGGGGGGCCACAUUGACCUGACGAUGCUGGGGGCCAUGCAGGUGUCCCAAUAUGGGGACCUGGCUAACUGGAUGAUCCCGGGGAAAAUGGUGAAAGGAAUGGGUGGAGCUAUGGACCUGGUUGCCAACGCUGCAACCAAAGUGGUUGUUACCAUGGAACAUUCUGCCAAGGGCGGGAAACACAAGAUCCUGGAGAAAUGCACCCUUCCGCUGACUGGCAAACAGUGUGUGGACCGCAUCAUCACUGAGAAGGCUGUGUUUGACGUGGACAAAAACAAAGGCCUCACUCUCAUUGAGAUCUGGGAGGGGCUGACACCAGAUGACAUCAGGGCGUGUACGGGUGCAGAGUUUGAGGUGUCUCCAAACUUGAGACCAAUGCAGCAGAUAUAGAAACCAACCGACAGCCUGAAGCAGGAGGACCAAGAGCAGGAGGACCAAAGAGCUUUCCUCAGAUGCUCCAGUGUGAUAAACACAGCUUCUGUUAAAGCUGUGUGUGUGUUUGAAUAUCUGGACAAAAUAUGAAUACAAACCUUUUUUUUUUUACUGUUACAACAGCACAAAGCCCCCUUUAAUCUACUCAAGGCCUGUCUCAUAAAUGCUAUUAAUGCCAUUUUACCUCUUUACCUCCACUUAAUUGAUCAAUGUGUAAUUGAAUGUGGCUCCAGCACUGCCUGUGGAACCAGCUCUCUGUCGCAGCAGCUAAGGGGGAUAGAUCUGUGUAUGUGUGUGUGUGAAUGUGUGUGUGUGUGUGUGUGUGUGUGUGUGUGCGUGUGUGAAUGUGUGCGUGUGUGUGUGUGUCUGUGUGUGUGUGAAUUUGUGUGUGUAUGUGUGCGUGUGUGUGUAUGUGUAUGCGUGUGUGUGUGUGUGAGAAUGUGUGCACGUGUGUGUAUGUGUAUGCAUGUGUGUGUGUGUGAAUGUGUGCGUGUGUGUGUAUGUGUAUGCGUGUGUGUGUGUGUGUGUGUGCGUGUGUGAACGCUCUUCCUGUAUGACUGGCUGAGCUCAGUUACUGUGUUUAAUGUGUAGUUCCAGCUACAUUACUAGUUGAUGUGUAUGAUACAAUAAAACAAGGUGAUGUCACCUCCUGAGAAUGUGAAUGAGCUCUCAGAAAUAAACAUAAUAUGGAAUGGAAAAGAA